AUAAGCUGAAAACUUCACACAGCUGACUAACCAAUACCAUGCAGCCAAACAACAAGAGCCUAGGAAGAAGAAAAAAACUACCACAACUCCCUCACGCGCCAUCUUAAGCGCGUGUCACUUCAUUCACCUAUAAACACUACCAAUAAACACAACCCUUUUUCUCUUUCUCUCUCAAAAUCACAGAAACAACAACAUAAUCUAACAACAACAUAAACCACCAAAUUUGUCUUGUGUGUUUGUGUUGUUUAAGAUUUCAGAUUCAUAACCUUAAAAUCCUCAUUCUCCUUUAGCUCGUGUUCAAAGCACUUCAGAAAAAAUGGUCAUUCAGAUGAUGCUUCAAACAGUGCAGAACUCCUUCAUAAGUUUCUGAAGUCUGGUUGAAAAAAGGAACUUCUUCGAACGUGCUUUGAUAAAGACAAGCACAUUUCUUCAGAAAAGCAGGAUGACUGAAAAGAAAAAGGACUCGAAAAAAGUUUCUGGCCUCGGCAGUCAGUGUUCAAGGAAGCAACUUCGCAAGGGAGAAAACCCUAUUCGAUUUGUACCACCUGCUGAUCCUCCUUCUGAUUACGGACAUUCAAACUCCUGGAUUUGUAAAAACUCUGCUUGUAGAGCAGUUCUAUCCAAAGACGACACAUUCUGUAGAAGGUGCUCUUGCUGUAUUUGCCAUCUCUUUGAUGAUAACAAGGAUCCUAGUCUUUGGUUGGUAUGCAGUGAAUCUUCUCAAGGUGACUCAUGUGGAUUGUCUUGCCAUAUUGAAUGUGCCCUUCAUCAUGAAAAAGUUGGAGUUGUUGAUCAUGGACAGCUGAUGCAACUCGAUGGUGGUUAUUGUUGUGCCUCCUGCGGUAAAGUUACCGGGAUACUUGGAAGCUGGAAGAAGCAGCUAAAUAUAGCGAAAGAUGCUCGGCGUGUGGAUGUACUAUGCUAUAGGAUAUAUUUGAGCUUCAGGCUUCUGAAUGGUACUUUGAGAUUUAAAGAAUUGCAUGACAUGGUACAAGAGGCAAAGGCUAAACUGGAGAAGGAAGUUGGUCCUGUUGACGGUGGUUCUUCCAAGAUGGUACGCGGCAUUGUCAGCAGGCUCCCUAUUGCCAGUGAUGUGCAGAAACUCUGUUCCCUUGCUAUUGAGAAAGCUGAUGAAUGGUUGGCCACUGACGACAAUCCAGAAUCCAAAGAGGGUUCACUUCCUGCUGCCUGCAAGUUUGUGUUUGAAGAGGUGACAGCUAACUCCGUUAAGAUCAUUUUACUUGAAAUGCCAAAUGUAACUUCUGAGGACAUUAAGGGAUUCAAACUCUGGUAUUACAAGACUAGGGGCGAAUCACACACAGAAGAACCUGUUUGUGUGUUUCCAAAAGAUCAGAGGAGGAUUUUGAUAUCUAACCUCCAGCCAUGCACAGAAUAUACUUUUCGGAUUGUAUCUUAUACAGAUAUUGGCGACCAUGGUCAUUCUGAGGCUAAGUGUUUCACCAAAAGCGUUGAGAUAUUGGUAAAGAAACCGACUUCAUCAAUUGACAUGAAUGCUAAGGAUGAUACUGAAACUGGAGGGGGCAGUGAACCGGGCUCCAAACUGGAGAUCGAUCCCUCAAUGACUUACCCCGGAUUCAAGGUUCGAGACCUUGGAAAGAUUUUGCACCUUGCUUGGGCUCAAGAACAAGGCUGCCUCGAGGGGUUUUGCCGCGCCGAUACAAAAAAUUGCUGUGGUCAAAUUGAAACGAUCAAGCCUAGCCAUCCGGAAGAGCGAUCGGUGCCUUUGGUUUCUCGUGAUCUUGAUUUGAAUGUUGUUUCUGUGCCUGACUUGAACGAAGAACUCACUCCUCCUUUUGAGUCUUCUCGGGAUGAAGACAAUGGUUGCACUUUGCAGCAGGCUGUUGAGGCAGAUGAUGAUGCAGCCUCUCAUGAUUUAGAGAAAAACCUAGCAAGACCACAUGGUAGCGGUGGUUCCGAAACCUGGAGAACAAACGAAGAAGUUCCUGCUGUUGACUCCCGCAUAGUCGUAGGUGCAAGUAGGAAAAGAGUAGCAAGCACAAACGAAGAAGCACAUGAUUGUGACAGCACCUUAAUAAACGGUUCUCCUUUACAUGCACCCGAUGGUUCGUUCUCCUUAGAUGAGAACUUUGAGUAUUGUGUUAAAGUAAUUCGUUGGCUAGAAUGUCAGGGUCAUAUGAAGAAAGAGUUUAGGCUGAAAUUGCUUACAUGGUUUAGUUUGAGGGCAACAGAACAAGAGCGUAGGGUGGUUAAUACUUUCAUUCAGACACUGAUCGAUGAUCCGAGUAGUUUGGCAGGUCAACUUGUCGACUCAUUUUCUGAUAUUAUAUCCAACAAGAGGGCAAGAAAUGGAUUCAAUAACAAGGUUGUGGCAUUAAAUUAAGAAGGGUGUGAGUGGAAUCAUGUUACAAAAAAUUGCUAUUUUGUUUUUGCCUUCAUUGUAUAGGCAUUUUUUUAUAACUCAUUGUGAUUCAUUAUUAUUAGGACAAGUUGAUUGUCCUGCUAAAAUUGGAUUUGCAUUGAUCAUGGCUGCAGAGGCAGUGAAUCAUUUUUCUUUUGGAGGGAGGGAUCAAUGGACUUGAAGUUUCAGGAUGUAGAAGGCAUUUUCCAUUUAUCAAAUUACUGCAAUUUUAUUUUUCUUUUCAAUUAUGAUAUUUUAUGAUGGAGGAUAUUAAUUAUUUACUGUUGAACUUUAUCAUUUGCUUUCAUUUGACAAGCAACAUUAUAUGAUUACUUUAUUGUAUUCA